CUUUCCGUACUCCCCUCUACGCACCCGGUGGCUGCAAUGGCGGACAUUUCCGAGAGGACGCUGCAGGUGUCCGUGCUAGUGGCUUUCGCCUCCGGAGUGGUCCUGGGCUGGCAGGCAAAUCGGCUGCGGAGGCGUUACCUGGACUGGAGGAAGCGGAGGCUGCAGGACAAGCUGGCGACGACUCAGAAGAAGCUGGACCUGGCCUGAGCGCGCGCCGCAGCCAGAGCCCUCCGGAUCCUCACUCCCCAAGCCCCUCGCGGCCCGGAUCUGCUUGUCGAAGAUGGAUAUAAAGCACUAGAAAGAAAUCAUUUCUUCUUGCACUUUAUGAAUCUAUUUUUAAAAUUAAAAAAAAAAUUAAAUAUCUUUGAAUCUUUUCCCUCCUCACAAAGAAAAGGAAUAUUUUGUCUACCAUUCAGUUUGCUGCAGCAAGAGCUCUGGAUCCUGAAAGCAGAGAUCUUCUUAUGGAAUCUUUCACAUCCUUGGUACAGCCUGGAGGCAAAUUUGAUCCAGGGACCAUUAUGGGUCCUUUUUCUAGAUGUAUUCAGAAAAGAUAGGAGCUGUGGCAAAUGACUGAAGUAAACAUUAUAGAUGUAAGAAUGAAAGUUUACUGCAAAUGUCAAGUUGUGUUGACGUGGAAUGUACAUGUGAAGAAGAAACCUUUGAGGAGAGCUUAAUGAUAAAUGCCAGUUGUAUUAAGUGA